AUUGUGUUGCCUUGAUCGGAUCGUCUAAUAUUAACGACAGAAGUCUGCUUGGAUCAAGAGACUCUGAGAUUGGUGUAGUAAUUGAAGAUAAAGAGUUUCUUGAAUCAUCUAUGAAUGGACAGCCUUGGAAGGCCGGAAAAUUUGCUUAUAGUCUUAGGUGCUCUCUGUGGUCUGAGCACCUGGGUCUUCAUGCAGGGGAGAUAAAUCAAAUCAGUGAUCCUGUGUCAGACACAACAUACAAAGAUCUGUGGUUAGCAACUGCAAAGGAAAAUUCAAUUAUUUACCAAGAUGUCUUUUCUUGUAUUCCGAAUGAUUCUAUACACUCAAGAGCUGCUCUCAGACAAUGCAUGGCUCAUCAGAAAGAGAAACUUGGGCACACCACAAUUGAUUUGGGGAUAGCCCCUGAGAAGAUACAGUCCUGUGAGAAUGGAGAGGUGAAAGAAACAGAUCCAAUGGAAAAAUUGAAGCAUGUAAGGGGACAUCUUGUUUCCUUCCCUUUAGAGUUUAUGCAACAAGAAGAUUUGAGACCAGUGUUCAAUGAAAGUGAAUUUUAUACAUCCCCUCAAGUUUUUCGUUAGGUAUGAUUCCAUUAAGGCCAGGAGGCACAAGAAAAAAAUGUAAAAAUAGAUGUAUAUAAAUAGUACAUAAUUCCAUUUGUUUACAUACAAUUGUACAUAAUUCCACACAAAGAUUGACAGAUUUAUUAGCAAUAGAGAAGCACCAAUGCUGACCAAAUUCAUGCAAAUAAACUUAUUUACCGUACAGGACUGAGUGCUAUAGUUGUAAAUAUGUUACAUUUCUUUUUCUUUUUCUUUUUUCUUUUUAUAACUAUUUUUUUUUUUUUUCUAUUAUGAAUCAUUUUAUAAGUAAAUGAAGAAAAUACCAGUCAAUGAUUUUCAUUGAAAGCAUUAUCACCGGCAUAAUAAUAACUACACUUCUCUUCCUUUGGGUUGAAAACCCAACAUGUUCAGAACUCAAGCUUUGGAACAGAUACUAAAUGACUGGAUAUAAGAAAAGCUGUUAAACUGUGUACAUAAUUCUACCUCAUAGCAUUUGCUACAUAG